AAAUUAUCAACAGUUUUUUUGUAUUAAAAUUAAGUAAAUAAAACUCUAUGCUACGCAUAUGUCAUUCUGAGCCCGACUUCAAGGGGGCAGUAGUGAGCAUUGAAGACUCCGGCUAGCCGCCCAGCAGAGGAAGAGACACGAGACACAAGGCAUGCGAUGACUUUGGUGUGAUAUUGAUGAAAGCUAAAUCCGAAAUGAACACGUUACGAACAACACUUUUGCGCAUUUCUGGGGGACAGAGUUUGUGUCGGAGUAAUGGCCCUAACUCAGCCGUAUCCAGCUGCAGUCAGCUACGCUCUAUCAGUUCCUUGCUUCUGUCACGGGCAGUAGCUGAGCAGAAGCCUGUCCUGCAAGGAACCCUGAACACCAAAGCAGAGGGAGUUUGUGUUUCCCAGCAGCCACUCUGGCAGCAUCAACAGGUCCGCACAGUCAAACGUGGGACAGAGUAUCAGCCGAAGAACAUCAAACGAAAGAGGACCCAUGGGUGGAUCAAAAGAAUUAGCACUCCAAGUGGGAUCGAAGUAAUCCUGCGCCGAAUGCUCAAAGGACGAAAGUCUCUCACUCAUUGAUGCUCUGACCGGACACUGGCUUUGAUGGGUCUUUGAAGUAAAUCUCAGUUGAAUGUCAGCUGUGCAGUAGAGCUUUUGAGUUUCUAGUGGGAAUAAUUGUCAAAUUAAAACAAUGCACAGUGGAGUCAAUAGAUGCCACUUCAUUGGGUGGUAUUUGUUUUUAUUUCAGUUUGAUGGAUCUUGUCCGUCUUCAUACUUCCAGUUGAGCGUAUUCAUGUCAAAGUUUUUGGCGUGUUCUCAGAUCAGGGGAUUCACUUUUGGAUUUUUUUUAAUAACAUCAGCAUACUUGUAAGUAAUCAAAAUAGGACAGGAAGUAUAAGUGAGAGUUGUUGUUUUUUUUUU